GGAAGGCUCAGUUUAGUGGUGAUAGUCUUACGAACUGGAGUACGUCGGCAGUUAACAACACGGCUGGUAGGUACUUAUGGACAUUGCACGUUUCGAAGUAACUAUUUCCAUGUUUGCUGCACAUCCUGUCUGAACAACAACAGGAAUUGAGAAAAAAAAAUAUAUUAAAAAACAAGCUUCCAGACAUCAAUAACAACAGAUAACGAAUCAUGGAUCUUGAUGAAAUUCUUAAAGAUCUCGGAGAAUUCGGGAAUUAUCAGCUAAUAACAUAUGGUCUUCUCUUUUUUCCACUGGCAUUUUCGUCAAUGUGCUCAUUAAGUUAUGUCUUCACAACAGGAAAUUUAGAUUACAGGUGCAAAGUACCAGAGUGUGAAACAAAUAUAACAUCAUUUGAUGAACCUUGGCUUUCAGAUGCAUUACCUUACAAAAAUGGUAAAUUAAUGGAUAGUUGCAAACGUUACCAACCCAAAAAUAAUAAUUACCAUGAAAAUUGUACAAGCAGUCUUUUUUCUAGCCAAAUUGAAAGUUGUCAUAGCUUCAUCUUUAAAAAUACUGAAAAUAGUAUAACUAAAGAGUUUGAUUUAUUGUGCGAGGAAAACAAAUGGAAAAGAACUCUUGUAGGAACUCUAAACAAUGUUGGUAUGUUUAUUGGACUUCCUCUAUCAGGCAUAUUAUCAGACAGGUUUGGCAGGAAAAAGGUGGUCGUAACAUGUGUGGUUGUAUCAUCUAUGUUCACGACACUAAGAUCUUUUUCGCAGAAUUACGUCCAGUUCAUAAUAUUGGAAGUUCUUGAUGCAUUAGUAUCAGCAGGAACUUAUGUAGGAAUUUUCAUAUUAGGAAUAGAGGUAACAGGACCAAAACGGAGAUCCUUAGGAGGAGUUAUAUUAAGCAGCUAUUAUACAUUUGGUGUUGUUAUUUUGGGAGUAGUUGUUUGGCUCGUUGAAGAUUGGAGAAUAUAUUUAAGGAUUAUAUCAUUACCUUGUCUGCUUAUUACUUCUUAUUACUGGUUACUGCCUGAAUCUUUAAGAUGGCUCAUAUCAAAUAAAAGAAAAGACGAAGUACUUCAAACUUUAACAAAUCUUGCAGAAAAAAACAAUAAAUCAUUAAAUGAAAAUAUCAAGAAAUCGAUAGAAGAAUUAGGAUGUACAGAUAUCGUGAAUAUGGAUGAAACAAAUAAUGGACAAGAAAAACAAGUAAAAAUCCAUCCAAUGAGAGAACUAUUUAAAACAAGAAUAAUGCUUCUGCGAUUCUUAAAUUGCUCGUAUUGUUGGAUCACGCAUACUUUUGUUUUUUACGGCCUUUCACUGAGCUCUGUAGCAAUUGCUGGCAACAAGUACUUCAAUUUUAUUCUUGUAAGUUUCAUAGAAAUUCCGGCAUAUAUAAUUACUUGGUUGACAAUUGAUAUUUUUGGAAGAAAAGUGUCUCUUUCGAUGUCUCUUGUGAUCAGCGGGAUAUCAUGUACAAUGUUCCAUUUUUUAGAUGCAGAUAUGAUAACAGCUAGGCUGUUGCUAUUCCUUACGGGGAAAUGUGCUAUAACGAUAUCAUUUACAGUGCUGUAUGUAAGUUCUUCAGAAAUGUUUCCUACAACAAUAAGAAAUUCAUUAAUGGGCUUUUGCUCAACACUUGGAAGGGUUGGAUCAAUGAUCGCUCCACAAAUGCCUUUAUUGGCAGCCUAUGUGGACCCAGUUUUGAUUUUCGGUGCAGCUUCUUUUGUAGCAGCAUCUCUUGCACUUUACUUUCCAGAAACUUUAAACUGUAAAAUGCCGGAUACAAUCGAAGAAGCUGAAAUGCUUGGAAGAGAAAAAACUAAGGAAUCUAGAUGAAGAAAAUCACUGUCUUAUGAUAGGCCAAUGAAGAUAUUAAAGAAGAGCUUAAAGAGGAAGUUGAAAUUGGUAAAUUAAUUUUACUAAUUUGUUUAAACAUUCUCUUCUACUUAUUAUUUCUAUUUUUAUUUGUAGGAUAAAUGAAUUCGGGCUGAAGCCCCCUCCAAAAUGGUAGAAUAUAACCAUAUUUUACAGAAAAAAUUAUAAAACACUAUCUCUUAAAGUAUUCUUGUUCAUGCAAUUACAUUUAGUAGGACUUCAAGAACCACUUAAACACUUUUAAAUUUCAUAUAAGUAGUUAAUUUCUUUCUUUUUUUUCAAAUUAAUUAUCGUUAUAUGUAUAAAAAAAAAAUCUUUCGGGCUGAAGCCUCUCUAAAAUUAAAUCCUGGAUCUGUUAGCGGUCCCGUGUGUGCCGUUGAAACGCCUCUAAAUCUUUACAGCCAUAGCUUAUGAUAAAAAAAAAACUUGUUCUAUAAAUGAAACUUCAGUUGUUAAAUGAGCUGAGCUUAUUAAGAGAAACAAAUAAUGAAAUUAAUGUUGUAGUAACCUUUUGUUUUUGUGAUUUAUUAAAUUUCAUAUAUUUUUUUAAAAUUUGAUCGUGUAAUCAAAGAAUCUUUCGCGGUCCGGAUUGGAAGUUCUUGGAUCUGGUCCAUGGGCCUUAGUUUGGAGACCCUUGUUCUAAAUCAAGGUCAAAAUUAGGGGGAGUAAAGAAGAGAGUAAAGGGGGCACUUGUUUUUGAUGAAUUUAGGAGGCAGUAAAUUUGAACAUGAUGAAAAUAAUGACAUUUAUUUUGAAAUAUAUUGUCUAAAAUACAGUUAUAAUUUUUGACCUUUUUUUUUUUGAAGAGGUGAAAAGAAAGGAUGGCAAAAUUAUUUAAAUUUCUUUAUUAAAUAGCUCUCCGCUCUGCUUAUUCAGGCAAAUAUCCUAUUUCAGACAUUAACUAUCAGGUUGUGAUGGAGAUUCAAAUUAAAUAUGAAAAUAUUUAUUCUCAUAUACACAGAAUAAUACAAAAAAAAAGUUAAAAAAACUAAAGGACCAAUUUUCUUUAUAAUUUUUAGUACUGUUCUUUUUAAAUUAGUUUUAAUACAAAAUUGUUAUUUAAAAUGUACAUAGAAGUUAAAAUUAUUUUGAAUGGAAGACAGUAUUUUUUAAUGUUAUUAAUUUUUGUCAAUACUUUAUUGAAUUUAAUCAGCAUAGGGCAUUGUUAUGUUUUUGUCUAUUCAUUAACUGUAUUAGGUAAUUGUGAUUUUUUUUUAUGUGAUAAUGAGAUUGUUUUUUAGAAGAAAAAUUUGUGAAUUCAUAUUGAACUAUUAUAUUUUUAUAUAAUAGGAUUAAAAUAAAUCUCUUUAAAAAAUGUCUAACCUAACUGUAUACAAUUAUAUAGAUGAAAAAUGUUUUUUUACUAUGUUAAUGUUAUUUUAUAAUUAAUUGUCACUUUUUUUCGUUUGUAUGACAAUAAAUUGUACAAACAUUAAAAAUAUUUGUUUAUUAUUAUAUAAUUACAAUUAAAUAUUUUAUUUUGUGUUAAGAUUUAAUUAUUACAUAGUAAGAUAAUACAAGACUGUACAAAGGAACUUAUAUAAAGUUCUUGAAUGUUGUUAUUAGUGUGUUGUAGUAAUUAGAUAAGUUGUAUUUAAUUUAUUAUAAAUAAGGUCAUAUAUAUAUGUAUUUUCUAAAGUAUUAAAA